CCUUCCCUUUCUGCUCCAUCUAGAAACGACGAGCAUGACUUCCGGUUUUGCGUCUCUGCUCACAGCGUGCCCCGGAACCGGAAGUUGGGCCGACUGGCAGGUCACGGUGCUAUCGGUGGUGGCGGUGGUGGUAGCGACUGUACAGCAUGAAUGCGCCUCCGGCCUUCGAGUCCUUCCUCCUCUUCGAAGGAGAGAAGAAGAUUACUAUCAACAAGGACACUAAGGUACCCAAUGCCUGUUUGUUCACCAUCAACAAGGAGGACCACACACUGGGAAACAUCAUCAAAUCACAGUUACUGAAAGACCCCCAGGUGCUAUUUGCAGGCUAUAAAGUCCCCCACCCACUGGAACACAAGAUCAUCAUUCGUGUACAGACCACUCCAGAUUAUAGCCCUCAGGAGGCUUUCACUAACGCUAUCACAGAUCUGAUCAGCGAGCUCUCCUUGUUGGAGGAGCGAUUCCGGGUUGCUAUUAAGGACAAACAAGAAGGAAUUGAGUAGUUCUUGAUGUCUUCUUCAUGCAGUUUCUGUAGGAUGAGCACAGAAACUUCCUCCCCCUUUGAUAUCUACCUGCUGUGAAGAGGUUGAUGAGGGAAACCACCUCCUUGCUUUUUCUCUUCAGGGGACAACUGUAACUUCUUCAACCAUGUAUUUCUUACCUCUUGAGUCACUGUCUUUCAGUACCUCAAGUAGCACUUUGUAGCCAUCUUCAAAAUUCUGCUUGCCAUAAACUCUUACAGUGAUAGUCUGGCCAGUGUGGGCUGGAGACUAUCAGAGGGAGAUACACUCAUUAGACAGUUUAAAUAGAAUGGAAGAAUCAUCAUUAAUGGAUCUGUAUCCAGCGGAAGGAGGACUGCCAAAAGGCUCUGUCCUAUGGCCACAGAUGGUGUGCUAUAGACUUGGGAGACAGCAGUUCACUGGAUCUAAGGCUCCACCAAGAGUUCUUAAAGCAGUCUAAUCCCGGCCCCUCAGCCAGGGCACAGCAGUUACAUGGGGUCUGCGCUCAGCCUACUACACCCGAAUCUCUCUCUGGGGUCACAGAACAUAAAAACACAGUUCACUUUGUUUCAAUUUGAGUUUAGUUAAAACUAAAGCUUAGAAAAAUGCACACUUAGGAAAAACCUGUUGGUGAGAAUCACGGCCAUCACAAACCCAACUGCUGGGCCCUGCUUCUGGCUGCUAGAGUUUCUUCCAGAUGGCAAUGAUGUUUGUGUCCGUCAGAGCCACAAGGUAGGUGAAGGUAGGGUCAACCACUGCAGUGUUGAUUAAAGUUUUGUUCAUCUUUCUGCCUCGGGCUGAGAGAUCUGGCCAUUUGAGAAUCUGUUCAAAAAAAUCCCCCCGUUAGAAAGACCGAACUAACAAGAUCCAACCGGCCCACAGGCUCUGUUAGGCUCACUCCUUGUCAUAUGGGGAGGCUCUGGGAGGACCACGUGGGCUAUUGAUGGAACAGAAAAUAUCAAUAAAAAUUUGAGAAGAAAGUCA